AUGAAAACGGAGAAGUGUCGCACAAGAGCUCGUGAUAUCGUUUGUAAUAUUAAUCAACUGAUACCUGAUUCACUUCCGAAUACAUGUCCAAAAUAUGAUGACAAAUUACGUGGUCAUUACAUGGGUUGUUUUGAAGAUUCACUGAAUUCUCGCCUUCUUAAUGGACAUUUUUACAUGUUUAAAAAUAAUUCACCGUCAUAUUGUGUUAAUAUGUGUCUUCGAGCAGGUUAUAGUUUUGCAGCUAUUGAAUAUCGUGACGAAUGUUUCUGUGGUGACACGUUGGCAAAUGUCGUUUCACUUCCGGAUAUAUCAUGCGAACAGUAUCAUUGUAAUGAUGAUAGCUUAUUUUGUGGUGGUUAUAAUGCAGCUGCUCUUUAUCGUACUGGUGUAAUUGAAAAGCCUCUAUUGGUAAUCAAUUAUAGUGAGCCAGACAACAAUGUGCCAAAUGUGCAGAUUUUAUUUCUUUUACAGUUGAAUGGACGAAAUACUCGGCAGGUGAACCGUUUAUUGCGGGUUAUUUAUUCACGAAAACAUUUUUAUAUAAUACAUGUUGAUAGCCGACAGCAGUAUAUGUUUGAGGAGAUGAGGGAACUUGUUGCCAAUAUUCGUAAAGCUGGUUACGAGAACAUUUAUUUGAUGGAAAAACGUUAUGCAACGAUUUGGGCAGGUGCUACAUUAUUAUCCAUGGUUUUGGAUGUAUUGAAAACAGCUUUGUAUUCUCUGAACUGGAACAGCUGGGAUUUCAUGUUGAAUUUAAGUGAAAGCAGUUUUCCUAUUCUUUCAAUGGUUGAAUUAGAAUUUCAUUUAGCAAAAAAUAAAGGACGAAUCUUCCUGAGCAAUCAUGGUUAUGACACUGCACGAUUCAUUCAAAAACAAGGACUAGAAUACGUAUUCAUGCAGUGUGAAAAUCGAAUGUGGCUUCUGACGAAACGGACAAAGUUUCCAAAUUCAAUUCGCUUGGAUGGCGGCUCCGAUUGGGUUGUUAUCAGCCGAGAUUUUGCCGAAUACGCCUUAUCCGAUGAAGAAUUACCUCUAAAUUUUCGAAAAUUUUUCGCCAAUGUUCUGCUACCAGUUGAAACUUUCUUUCAUACUCUAGCAGCUAACUCGAAAUUCUGCAUGCAAGUGGUAAAAGGAAACUUGCAUCUUACAAACUGGAAACGUCGACAGGGUUGCCGCUGUGCAGGAUUGAAAAUGAUUGUUGAUUGGUGUGGUUGUUCACCACUUGCUUUUCGUUCUUCUGAUAUCUCGAAAUUUUCAAUUAAGACUGUCAAAAGUAGGGUGGUAUUUUUUGGUCGCAAAUUCGAUCCAAUGAUAAAUCAACAGGCUAUUGCCAUCGCUGAAGCGCAAGCAUUAAGAUUCACUGUUGGUAACAGUAAUAGCAACCAUCCAUCAUUUAACAAAUCCUGGAUAAAUGUUUAUUUAUCACCAUUCGAUCAGUCAGUGUUACUGGAAAGCUUCGCUCGUACAUUGCUACCUUAUCAAAAAAGUCGAGAUUGUAUAUUUGGAAAUCUUUCAUCGAUUACUGCUUAUAAAGAAGACGAUGAAGCACAUAUUCAGAACAUAUACCGAUCAUCUUACAUAUGUAAUAAUAAUGAAAUAGAAUUUAUUCAAGUGCUAGUAGAAUCAACCAAUCCAGUAAAAUUUGUGAAUACAACCGUAGAUGGUUACGAAUUGGAAGAUCUCGAAAUUGGUUCUGAUUUUGAUCUUAAAGAAGAAGUUUUCCGGAAGUACCACAAUGUUUUAUCUGAGGAAGAUACGAUUUAUGCAAAACUGCAAUGGCGAAGGAUCGAAUCGUUAUCAACUUCUGUGCACGAAAAUUUCACUAGCCCUCAAGUAAUAGUAGAAUGGAAGAAUCCCUCUGAUUUCCUUAUCAAACGAACAAAAAUAAAUCCGUAUGAUUCCAUAUAUGGUGGACAGUAUACGGAAUUAUUUUCAAAUGAAAUAACGCCCGGUGAAUGGACUGUUGAAUUCCGCAUGGACGAUGACACCAGUACUAUUAUUGGUUCUAUAAAUUUUAUAAUAUUUUCAACAACUGAUCGAAAUAUUACUGAGAACAUAAUAUCCAAAUACUUUCGCCGUAUUGAUUUUUGCUCGGAAGCUAACGUUGACGAUUUACCGAAUUGUCUAACAACAUCGUGGAGUGCAAAUUAUUCGGAUCCAAAAUCUCGUUUAUUCUUUGAUCCUGUUUAA